GUUUAUAGCACUUUAAUGCUUCUACCUGGUGACUUCUGUUUAGAUAAAGAAAUUAAAAUCUGAAUUCCCUUACCCAAGUUAAAAUUAACAGAAAUCAAUCCUAAUGUGCAGUUCUGAUUGCGUAAAAAGAGAUUCAAGCUUGUUUUUCAUUGUGAGCAGAUUAAGUUAGAUGUAUUGGCUGAUUUAAAAUAUUUGCAAGACAUGACAUGAAGAGAGAUUAUGUUAAAAUUGCUCCCUAUUAAUUGAAGUAUCAGCCUAAUUUUAAAAAAUUAUUUCAAGGCAAACAUUUAAUCUUGGAAGCCUUGUGGGGUGUGUAGGAAGAUAUGAUUUGGAUGUAUUUGUAAAAUACCAGGUUACAAGAUUUGGGAUUAGAUUAUCCAGACAAAAAGGAUCUGGUGCUGAUGACAUAGGUCAAUUCCUUUUGGCAUCUACAUUUUUCUGUGUGUUAUGAUUGUUAUUAGCUAAAAUUCCUGUUUUCCUGACACUGUGUGUCGUUUUGGGUUAUAUCACACUCCCUUCUUAAAGGAGAAGUGGCCUUGGAAGUGCUCAGUGUGCUGUUUCCCUGGGUCCUCCCUGACCUAAAUGUCACCAAGCCCUUAGGAGACACAUGAGCUUGCAGCCAGAUGUUUGACCUUGAAGUCAUCUACCUGAGCUGAAAAACAAAGAGAAAAAGAAAUUAGGAGCACAUUGUGGAGAAAUAUUUCUGUUCAUGGAGACAUGUUCAUGCAAAAUGCUGUAGAUACAAAUGUGUGCAGCUGUCCCUAACUGCCUUUAUUUUUUUGACUUACAUUCAUGUCCUGUAGCAAAAACUAUUGCGUGUCCCUGGCGUUUGAGAGAGAUCUGUGCACUCAAUCCUUCAGCAUUGCCUAGUGGUGGGUGAGUAUUUCCAGCACCUGAUGGCAAAGGUGAGGGAUAGAUUUCUGAAGUGCUUUGUAUUUGUGCUUUCACAGUUGUCUGUAGCUGGAUGUCUUGUGACUGGCAGUGUUCUUACAGCAAGGUUGUUGAGUGAGUGGUUCAGUGGGAUGCAAAUUUAAUCCUGUCAUGAGGUACCAAACCUGCUGGAUUUUUGCAAUUGUAUUACUGGUACAAUCUAGCAGACUAGCAAGUGUUUCUUCAACCAGCCUUACUCUAAAAGAACUAUCAGGCCAUGUGGAAAGAAACUGGAAAAGUAAAAGAGGUUUAGAUUAAAACAGUUUUGGAUUUGGCCCAAAAGUAAGAGGACAUACAUUUUGAAUUGCAGAAAAGUGUUAAAUAUAAACAAAUGUUACUGUAUUUUUUCAAAAAUGGACAAAGAAAAAUGAAAACUAUUGCCUAAAGCCUCUAUCAAAACAGCUGUGUGUGUGAUCUCUCAUUUAUAUACAGUUAAAGCAUCUUGGGGACAAAAAAGAGUUGUGAAAGUAAAUAAAACAGUAUCAAAAAGUAAGAAAUAGCUUGGUUAUUUAAAUUGAUCAUUGUUUUAAGGAAAUACUGUAAGCCAAGAUUUGCAGCAGCCUGCAGGCCAAAAUCUGAUUUGCAUUACUUCCACAUUAAUCUCCAGUAACUGCUGACUUCAGUGGAAUUAACUAAUGUCUGUAAUUGGAUCUGGGUUGGGAAAAGUACUUGAGGUUUUGCUGCAGUUCUUUGUGCCCUCUCAUGCCCUUUUAAUGUAAUCUCAAUAUGCUGUAUGCUCUUUUCUUAACCGAUAACCACAUGCUCCUCUUUUCAACAGGCUCACUGUUGGAAUCUCUUGCAAUUUCUUGCAUUCACAGAGGAACAGUCUCCUUUCCUUUUCUCCCCAGGACUAAUUUUUAUCUCCUUAUGCAUGUUAGAGGCACUUAGGAUGAAACCUCACAAGGUGGCACCACACCACCAUAGCAAGUCAUAAAUUCAUAGCUUCUUCUAACACUUUAAAUGUCCCUGAAAUACAGGUACUCUGUAGAAUCUAUGAUGCCACAAACAAACAUAUGAAACCGUGAUUAAUUACUGAUUUUAAAAUAUCAUUACAGAGAAAGUUUUGUGUUUCUCAACAGCAUAUCAAUAAAAAUAUGUUUUAAUAAUGUCCCUGAAAAUUGAAAUGUACGUUAAAAAUUCAAAAGGUAUUUCCUUGCUGAAACUGUAAAAAAACUCAUAUUCUAGACACUUCAAUAGGUUAAGAUUAUAUUGUAAAAUAACAGAAUAUAAAGUAGAGGUUUUGUUGUGGAUGGGAAAUAUUAUAUUUGUGAGCUCAGAAUCCCCAGUAAAUCAAUUUGGGGUGAAAUAACAGCAAGACUGAGAAGAGUUUAUAAUAUUAUUUCCCAAUACACCUUGUCUGGGACAGACAAUGGAGUGAAAUUUGAUGAAGGAGACAUUAAAGAGAAUAAAAUUAUCAUUGUUCAUGUCCUUUUACAGAUGUGUGUCUGAGACAGAAGUACAGAACACAUUAACAGAUGUUCUCCUCUUUUGUCUGUAUAAUUUUGCAGUUUUGGGUGUCUUGUAGAGAUGUUAGUGGCACUGUGUGACUAUCACAUUCUCUUUGGUGGGGAGAAAGAGGAGACUGUUCUUGGUAGAAUUCAAAGAGCACCAGCAUUUCAGAUAACAGUGCCUUUAUUUAACUCUAAGUUCUGCCAUCCUUGUCUGUAAGACAUUUUCCAGCCUCAACUCCGAGUGAAAUUCCCCACUGCCCUUUGACUGCCUCAUGUUGGCAAGAGCAGUGAGGAGCCCAAGUGUGGCAGCCCUGGGUGCUGUGCAGUGGCAAUGUCCUUCCCUAUGCUCGUUCCCAGCCGGGAGCUGCUCAGAGCCAGCUGUUUCCAUGCACACAGCCCUGAGUUGUGUCGUUCUGCAGGUACAGGCUCUGGCUGUCGGCUGCCCUGCAGCACAAGGCACGGUCUGUGCUCUGCUCUCCAGCUCCUGCCCAGGCAGCUUGCGGCCGGAUGUGCCUGCAGAUGCAGGGCAGAGUGGUUUAACUCUGCUGGAGAGGGCUGUGGGCACCAGGCCAGCCUCCUCCUUUUCUAACUGUAACUUUUCUCCACUGAAAUCGGGGGAUGUGGCAGCCUGCCAGGAGCAAGGCAACUCGUUGCUGUGGACUUAAUCACAGCUUGGGCAAUUCAACAGGGAUCAAGCUUGCCCUGUGCUCUGCAUGCUGACAAGCUCUGGGAAUUGAUAGCUACUGGUUGAAGGGGUGAUAAUUGAAGAAUUUGGUCUGGUCCCCCAUGUAGAGCUCUGAGCAAUCAGGUACAAGGUAGCUCUGUUUACUUGAUGGAAGUGGUUUACAGUUUGGUCUGGGAAAGUAUUCAUCUGUCCAGAAGUCAGAUCCAGCUUUUUCAUAGGUCUCUCAUCCCCUUGGUUAUGGCUGUUAUGGUUAUGGGCUGUUUCUCACAUCAUCCUGGAGGCAGCACUUCACAGAUAGUGAAUUCAUGUGGAUCAUUAGUAACCUUUUAUUAGCAAUCUAACAUUCAGGGUUACUUCAAUGGCACUUAGAAAUAAAUUGAUAUUCUCCAGAUUUCACCCCCAUCUCAGCUGAAAGGAAAUGAUCUCUUAGACAUCUGCUUAUAUAAUCAGAGGAUCACAGAAGAUGCUAAGUUGACCUAAGGAUCAUUGAGUUCAGCUCCUGGCCCUGCACAGGUCAAGAGUCACUCCAGGUGCUUGAGAGUAUGGUCCAAACUCUUCUUCAACUUUGUUUGGUUUGGUGCUGUGACCACUGUCAUUGCGGACAGUAGGCCCUGAGAGGAAAAAGAAUAUUGGUAUUUUAACCAAAAUGGUAUUUUGAGUUUUCUGAAAAUGAUUAUGCUUUUUUUUUCUUUAUACAGAUAAAAAGUUCUGCAUACAAAAAUCUGUAGAUUCAGGGAGAAUUCCCUCUAGAAGAAGUUUGAAAUGGAAAGACUGUAACUGUUCUGCCUAAACAAAUGGGUUAAUUGAUGUAUGUGUUCACAGAAAUAAAUGCAAUUCCAGAAAAUUCAGUGAGGACUUUCAUAUGUUUAAAAAUUUUCAUCUCUUGUAGGGUCAUUUUAAUGAGUAUUGUUCUUCAAAUGUUAGAACCAAAUAUGAUAAGGAAGUAUAUAAAAAUUCCCUAUUGUAAUUUCAAGCAUCCUCAUAAUGACAGUGGCAUUCGAAUUUGCAUUCACAAAUCCCUCUUACUACACAUCUUCAAAAUUUGGCUUUCUGCAGAAUUUGCUUACAAAUAUUCCUGGUGAAAUUACUUAGUCCCACAUGACUAAUUCUCAGUAUUGUUUUCAUUUCCAGUUUUCUCCUCUCACUGAAAAAGCAGAGAGAAUAAUUGAUAUCCAGAGACGUUAGUGUGUUUUGAUCUACUUUCAUUCCAAGAAACUCAACAAGUUAAACAGUGGGUUAUUAAUGCCAUGGUCUCUGCUGGAUUGGCUUAGAGGGGUUUUUUUUCUCACUGUGAUAAUUCUGUAGUAGGCAGAUGUCCUUGGGGGCCAGAUGUCCACAGGACUCCUACUCACUUCAGUAGGCAGCCUUCAGAUCAGGUCCUUAAAUAACAUUUUGCUUUAUUCAAACAUGGAAUGCAUAAACAAAAAAUGAAAACCUGCAGAUAAUAAAUUAUUUUGUUUCUGAAGAAAUACUAAUACACAGGCCGAGAUGGAAAACAGAUUUACUGCAAGUAUUUUUACUGUCUCAUUCUCUAUGAGACAGUACGUAAAAUGGAAGAAAACAUUAAAACUUUGUAUACAGAUAAGUGAAGAAUUGUAAUUAUCUUUAGUAUGUCCCUUUGAUUUUGAAGAGUUUAUUAAAACAUGAAUAGCUAAUCUGAAAGUACUGAAAAAUGCAAAAAAAGCCUUGCUUAGCCAUUUCAUCUGUAUCGGACACAUUUUGUUUGAAAGUCUAGGCUUUACUACACUAAACAAAGAACAUUGGAGUUCUCAUAAAGAACACAAGCAUUAGAGUUCUCACUCUAUUUUUAUUUACUUUAAAACUGUACAGAACUCAGCUAACAUUCCCUCUUUUGGAGAAUUUGCAUUUGCUUGCUUGAAAUUAGGACAUUGUGUACACAAAGAGGCUGCAGACUUCCUACUAAUGCCACUGCCCUUGGCAUUAUGAGUAAGCAUUUGACAGAACACGUUCUGGUAAAGCCAGAGGAAAUACUUUACACAGUAUCUUCAUAUUUCUUCCCAAACUCCUUCUGGGAAGAAACCUGAGAUUUGUUAUAUCCUUUUGAAAAUACCAGUGUGUCCUUUGAAGAUUCACUCUUAUUCAUAUCUUCAGCAGAGAUCGGGUAGAAUACCCACUGUUUCUGCAGUUCCUCUGUUGUAGUGCAGGGAAAAUUGAGCCUGUUAUCUGAGAAGAGCCUAGCAAAAACCUUGACUUAGUAAAAUGAAGCUGAGUGGUUAUGAAUGCUGAUGAAACACAAGAAGCUUGAUUCAGUGACCUGAAUUUGGAACCCUACAAAACCUUCUACCUUUCCUUAUCCUAUUUAUCUAAGAUAUAAAGCAGGUGGAAUUAUUUAAUUGAUGUCUGAUCCAAUAAUCUACAAAUUAUGAUUUGUGGUUGUGGCCUUUAAUUAUUUUUAUAUUUCACCAAAAAGGGGGAACAUGAAGGGUAUGCCAAAGAAAAGAGAGUCAAGGGCAUUUCUCUUGACAUCUAAUGAUUUAUUCUGCCCCCAAGCAUGAUCCUCAGUCACCUCCACAACUGCUGAGGUAGCUAAUUGCUAAACUUUUUUUAUUUUAGAAGGCCAUUAUAGGGGCAGGAGGAAAAGAAAAUCCUGGCAAUAAUUUUAAAUCAAGAUUCAUAGGUGAUUUCAUUUUUGUGAAUGGGAUUUCCUUUCUAUUUAAGACCAUCCUUCUUUUAGAUUUUUCUACUAGCAGUAACACUGGAGUAGUGUUGCUGGCUGCCUGCAUUAUCUUUCUUUUUCUUUUUUGAGCUCAUGAAACAAUUUAUAUCCUUUCUUUAAUGAUUUUUGUUGGCUCACAUUUGAAGUUUGGGGGGUUGUUGUCAGCUGUGAUUUAUAAUUGUCUGUGAUACAUAGCAGGGAUUUAUGAUUUGUUUGGUUUGCAUCUUUUAUCUAUGAGAUUAAAGAGCUGCUAAAAAGAACUUGUUUAAACAAAAAAAAAUUUAUUCAAAUGCUAGUACCACUGACAAUGGAAUUUUGGCCCAAUGCUUCUUUGAAUGCACAUGAUCAGUGAAAGCCAAUGAAGAGAAUGGAAAUAGCUACAUGUACUUCUGGAAUAGUCACACUACUUUGGGAUCUGGAGGAUAAAAAUUCCUCUUCAUUACAUUUCUGUCUUUAAUCCAGUUGAAUUGCACAAGUGCAGAGUACUAAUAGAUUUUUUAAAUAGAGUUUUUCCGAAGUUCACAAGAAAAUACAAGAUAUUUUUGUCAAAAUUUUAGAUAGAUUGUGGAAGAUGAGCCCAAACUGCUGUGUCGCCUACUAUUUUUUUUAUGGGUGCAUGGUUGCAGAUGUUUUUAUUCUGAAGGGUUGUAUUUUGUCCAUCACUGACCUAGGAACAAGAUGUAUAGUUUGUAUCUGCCAAAACGCACAGGAGAAUGUCUAGACACUAUGAGAAAGAGUAUUUUCUUAGUUAAAAAGUUAUUCCACUUUAAGUACGAUUAUUUUUGUCUGCUUUAAGAUUAGUGUAAUUAAGUGUAAUAAAGUGUAAUUGAGGUUGUUCCAAAAAAUUGUCAUUUUGGGGUGUUAUUUCUGCUCUUCUUUUAUGAAAGCUUGUUUAUUCAGCUGUAACCGCAAGUGUCUAACAGUACUUUGAGGAUGUCUGAACAGAGAAAUAACAACUAUCAAACCAUACCUUGGUGUAAAAUACUACCAGAAAGCCUUGGUGCUGAGGGUAUCCUCAGUCCCAGCAGCACAACCUGUACAGUACAGGUACAAAUUGUGUACCUGUACAAUUAGGCACAGUUGCCCUGCCAAAACAUUGUACCAGGCCAGAGCUGGUUCUGCCUCUGUGUCAGGCUGUAUUGUUCAGUGGAUCCCUUAGUUUUAUUCUUAACAGAUGCUUCUUGUCUCUUGAUCCAUUUGGUAUUAGAGCUCUCCACAAGAACUGACCAUAUCCUACCCUUUUUCCUUGGGUAAAUUUAUCACUCCUUCAGGAAUUGUGUCUCAUUUGGGACUGAAGAGUCUGGGUUGACACUCAGUGCACGGACAGUAAAUAAGCCAUCUUGGCUGUCCUCAUUACUCCUUACUUUCAGUUCUUCCAACAGCCUUCUCCCAACACCACUCUGUCAGCCUUCUCUUUUCUGCUUCCUUGGCAGAGUACAACAUCUGAGAUAUUCCUUUUCUCACCAAAGGCCCUGCUUCUGUGUGUACAUGUUGCAUGCAGGAAAUAACUGGGUUAUGUCAGUACAUAGCAGUCUUGUGACUGGGGAACUGUUCUGGUAAAAGCUUGAGGUUAACUCGGUGAAGGCCUCAGAAGAUUCCAAGCAAAAGUGAUUGUUGUUAACUGCUUUGAAUAUGGUAUCCAUUCCCUCACCUUUGUGAAGCCUUCCUCAGUACCCCAAAAGGCAACAGAAUGCAGUGCUGGUGUUAUAAACUGACAUUCCUCAGACUGAGCACAUGUGGACAGUGUUUUCUGACAAAUACAAUUGCAAAUUUGGCAUAUAUGAUUCUGGUAACAUUGGAUACAGGAGACAAUUCUCUAGAUAUGAGGGCAUAAUUUUCUCCUCACCUUUUCUUAGAUAACACUACUAUCCAGUACCUGCCUCAGUGGAGCAUGUCUUGGAUGAGUUUGGCUCCAGAUUUAAAUGUUGUGACUAACUCUUGAAUCUGUAUUUCCUCAGUUGUCUGUGUGCUUCCUGUCUUUCUACGAAGCCAAAACCAGGAGUUCCAAAACAGAAAACCACAGGAAAAGCUGCUCUGGUAAUGUUUGUCUUGAGCGGAAACAAAUAGCAAUAGAAAUUUCCUGGAAAAUAAUUUUCAUGUGACAAAUGUAGCCUGGAUUCUAGACUAAAGGGUCUGGCUAAAUCUCUCUAUUUUUAGUUCAGAUUAUAUCUGUUAUGGCUUUUAAUAUUUUAAAAAUACGUAAGUGUCUUUCAGUUAACCAUCUGCAGGGUUUUUUAAUCCCUCUCAUCUUCGACAAUUGUAAUUACACUUUACUAGAAUAUUUGGUUCAUUUCUUCAAAAGUGAUGAAUAGACUUGUUAUACAAGAAGUGUAUACAAGUGUUAUAUAGGAAUUCAAGAAUUAGGAAGAAAGCUUAUUUGCAAAGAGCUGGUGUGACUGUUUGAUGUAACUUUUAGCUAAUACCUCUAAGUAUGUUAAGCAGUUCAUGAUCUACACCAAAAGAAAAGUUCCUGUCCAAAGAAUUUAGGCUGGAAUUCAUUCUGUUGAAGUUAAAACACUGCUAUGAUUUGCUCUCCAUCAUUAUCUGCUGCUUUCCCAUUGACACUAGAUAGAAGCUGGAGGGAAUGGAUUUCUCACUCACAACAUACCUUCCAUCUGUGGAUUAUACUGAACUUGCCACUGCAGCAUUAAGCCUCAGUAAAAUAUCUAAAGACUGGGGAGAGGAAUCAGCUUUCAGUAAGAUGGACAUUCAAACUGAAGAUAAAAUGCAUACCUGCCAAACCCUGUAGCAGUUCUCCAGCCAGUGGGGAUCCACAUGGAUGCUGACAGGCCAAGGAUUGUGUGCAUGUGGAUUGCUCAGCUUCUUGCCACAGCUGCAACUCGGCAGGACAUGACCUACUGGCUUCAGGAGCUGCAGCAGAAGAGGUGGGAGUACUGCAACAACCUGGACGCGGCCAAGCGGGACAGCCGGACUUCCCCCACACCCAGUGACUUCUCCAAAGGUCUUGUUGCCAAAGACAACCCUGAUUUGAAUAUCCUAAGUCAAAAUGCUUCAGCAGAGAGAGCUAGAAAUAUUCUAGCUGUGGAGACUUCUCCUACAGACCUGGUGGGGGAACAAGCAGCUUCCCAGCCUGCACCAGUCCAAGGAAGUGCCAUCAAUUUCUCUCUUAAACAAUGGAGUACUGAGAUCAAAAAUUCCAUGUCCUCCUUAAGAAAAGGAAGUAACGAAAAUCGCAGGAGCGUAUUUUAUACCACUGAGGAGUGGGAACUGCUGGAUCCAACCCCAAAAGACUUGGAGGAUUCAAUGGCUCUGGAAGAAAAAAGGAAACACCUGGCAGAAGGAAGUAAAGGAUUGACUAGUUCAGCUUUUCCAUUUGAUUUUGGCCGCAUUCCACACAAAGCACGGCGCCCGUUGAAAGAUAUGAUUGGAUCAAGCAAAAACCGGAACAGCAGCGACUCUUCCCCAACAGAGUGGUGUUCUGGCAAUGGGAAUAGACUGGUCUCUGAACUACAACUGAAGUAUCAAAGCCAGCAGGAAGAGUUGGAGAAGCUGAAGAAAGAUCUUUUGAGCCAAAAGGAACUUGUUCGACUUCUGCAGCAAACAGUCCGAUCUUCCCAAUAUGACAAAUACUUUGCAAGCCACCUUUGUGAGGGGGUUCCCAAAGAUACCUUAGAGCUGUUGCACCAAAAAGAUGACCAGAUUUUGGGCCUCAAUAAUCAACUUGAAAAGUUAAAUCUGGAAAAAGAUAGCCUCCAGCAGGAAGUCAAGAAUCUGAAGUGUAAAGUUGGAGAACUCAAUGAACGGCUGGGAAUGUUGAUGGAAACUAUUCAAGCGAAAGAUGAAGUCAUCAUGAAACUCUCUCGACAACUCAGCGAAUGUGAGGAAAGCGCAUCCUCUCAAAGUGGAGCAAUAAAUUCCCCCACAGCCACCUGUACUAAUAAGGAACUGCAGGAACUGGACAGACUAAAAGACAAUCUUCAGGGUUAUAAGACCCAGAAUAAAUUUUUAAAUAAGGAGAUUUUAGAACUUUCUACUCUACGAAGAAAUGCAGAAGCAAGAGAGAGAGAAUGGCAGGCAAAGUAUACCAGCUUAGAAGCCAAACUCUGCCAGAUUGAAAGUAAAUACUUGAUCUUGCUUCAAGAAAUGAAAACUCCUGUUUGUUCUGAGGAUCAAAGUCCUGCUCGUGAGGUUAUCACACAGUUACUGGAAGAUGCCUUGAAAGCAGAACCUAGUGAACAACCAGAACAAGCAUUUUUCAAACCCCACCUGGUCAGUGAAUAUGAUAUAUAUGGUUUUCAGACUAUCCCAGAGGAUGAUGAUGAGGAGAAACUAGUAGCAAAAUCACGAGCUUUGGACUUGAGAUCACUUUCACUUAGUGAAAAUCGAGAGAUCUCCACAGGAGUGAAAUGGGAAAACUAUCUUGCAAGCACAAUGAAUAGAGAGAUGAUGCGCUGUGUGGAGCUGAAGAACCUUAUUCGGUCUGGAAUUCCGCAUGAGCACCGUUCCAAGAUGUGGAAAUGGUGUGUCAAUCUCCAUGUUAAAAAGUUCAAGGACAGUGCAGUACCUGGCUACUUCCAAAUCUUGCUUCAAAAAGCUCUGGAAAAACCAAAUCCCGCAUCUAAACAGAUUGAGUUGGAUCUCUUGAGGACUUUACCAAACAACAAACAUUACUCCUCCCCAACGUCUGAAGGGAUCCAGAAGCUGCGAAAUGUGCUGCUGGCAUUUUCCUGGAGAAAUCCUGAUAUAGGAUAUUGCCAAGGGCUCAACAGGUUGGUAGCAAUUGCACUUCUGUACUUGGAACAGGAAGAUGCUUUUUGGUGUCUAGUAACAAUAGUGGAAGUUUUUAUGCCUCGUGAUUAUUAUACUAAGACACUGCUGGGAUCCCAGGUUGAUCAGCGAGUAUUUAAGGAUUUAUUGAGUGAGAAGCUUCCACGAUUACAUGCUCAUUUUGAACAAUAUAAGGUUGAUUAUACUCUCAUCACUUUCAACUGGUUUCUUGUGGUUUUUGUGGACAGCGUGGUUAGUGACAUCCUUUUCAAAAUCUGGGACUCCUUCCUCUAUGAGGGACCAAAGGUAAUAUUCCGAUUUGCCCUGGCACUGUUUAAGUACAAAGAAGAGGAAAUCUUAAAGCUGCAAGAUUCAAUGUCUAUUUUCAAGUACCUUCGCUAUUUCACACGCACCAUCCUUGAUGCCAGGAAACUGACUGCUAUUGCUUUUGGAGACCUGAACCCUUUUCCCUUACGCCAGAUCAGAAACCGCAGGGCCUAUCACCUGGAGAAAGUGCGCCUGGAGCUGACAGAGCUGGAAGCCAUUCGCGAGGACUUCCUGCGCGAGCGAGAGACCUGCGUGGAAAAAAGAGACCUUAUUAGUGAUGAUGAGGAGGAUAGCUGAAACUGCUUAAUAGAAACUGUUCUUUGGGGUCAUGACCAAAGUGAGUUAACCUCCAAAACACUUUAUUAAUCCUGUGAAACAGAAUGUAAACUUUUGGAAAUAUGCAGGACAGAUUUCCAAAUCCCAGCACUUUCAGAAAUACCACUUAGUAUGGAGGCCAAACACUUCUGUUUACAUUUAUGUUCCUGGAAUCAUUUGUAGAGCACUUAAUAUCUGUCUCAGUUUAGUCAAUCAGCUGAAUUGACAGUUGUUUUCCCACAGUGCACCAUUAAUUGCCUGGAUGUGAAACAAUAAGAAAAGUCCAUGCUCUGUUACAUUCAUUGCCAUUCUGAGUUUAGGGUUUUUUUGAUGUAAUCAUGUUUUUCGUAGUGCAGGCUCAAUGUGAGAGGACAUCCAUAUUUCUUAGAUUCAGGUUUGCUCCAUCCAGCCUUUCUUGAGGUAGCUAACCAGAAAAGCAUGGGAUGAAGAUUCCUUUGUCUUUUUCUGAAGUGUCAUGCAAUGGAUCACCAAACAGAGCUCUUGAAUAUGUGUACUCUAAAGUAAAGGUAAAAUAAGUACCUAUUUCUGUUGCUGCCUGUUGAGUGUGUACUGAAACAGCGGUAGCAAACAUAAUUUCUACUUUUUCAGGGCAGCUGUGUCAAUAAAGAUUCUCAUUAAUGGAAAGGGGUUUAUAAAUCAAACUCUCUUUAAUCAAUUUUAUUUGUAUUCACUAUUUUGAUUGCAAUGGUUCAAAAAUGCCACAACCAAACUCCAGAUAUUAUGGAAGAAUGGAGCUUGUCACAGGAGUACCAUGCUUUAGGAGCUAAUUUUUUGCAUAUUUGUUGAAGGGUUGUUUUGUUAUGUUUUUUUGUUUCUGUGAGGGUUUUUUUUGUUGCUUUUUUUUCCUUUUCUUUUAAACAUUCUUCCUGUUUAGGACCUAAGGUGAAGUCUUGCUCUUUAAGAAGAAACACAGUGUUCCUUCUGCAUGAUUGUAGAACUAUUGUACAAUAGUGGUAGUGACUAGUUUCAUAAUACAAAUAUUUACCAAUCAAUCAAAUGAAACCUAAAGGUCACAACAUGCGCCCAGGAUCUGAAGAUCCUUUUUCAACAGAAAAAUGCAAUAUUCUCCUAAUGUACUCAGCUUUACUGUGAUUGUUGGAUGCCCUUCCUGCAGGACAGCUGUAAGGAGCAACAUCUGGGGUGUUGAGCUAUACUGUUUCUGCUGUGGAAGUGUUACUUGGGACCAUUUUCUUUCAUUUGGUGACUAGCAGUGUUCAUAAGUGGUUCUCGGGAGAAGGAGGGUUUCUUUCUUGCUGGCUAUUCUAUAGACUUUUACAAUGCUUUUUCUUGAACUGUUGGAUUUUCAGAAUGUUGUAUUGACUAUAGUGUGUCAUGAUAAAACUAUGAUUCAAAUACUAGGCAGCAAAUCUCCAGGCUCUGGGGAAGUGGUUAAUUAGCAAAACAGAAAACUAAUCAUUGGGAAGAGUCAAGUGCAUCAAGCUUGUAUUUUAUGUGUUUUGUUUUGCUUUUCUGGAAGUAGUAGAACUUUAUUGUGUAUAAUCAUGUAAAUGUUUUAGUCAACUUAAGUGUGGGCAGAGAGAAAUUCUGCUUCUGUUUCACAGCACUUCUAAAAAAAUUAUUUUAGAUAUUAUAGUUGUAGCCUUCUCCAAGUAAGCAUAUGAUAAGUUAGUUUAUAUGGAAGGGAACUAUUUAAUCAGAGGUGAAGUUGUAACUUAGAGGACUACUUUUGAUAUAAAAUUUAUGCUUCCUGUAUGACACAUAAUUUUUACCUAGCCAGCAAAUCCUUGCCAAUAAGGAAUGGAUGGUGUGAUCAUCUUGAUUUGUAUGUUACUAGUCUUCUGAAAUGUCCUCUACAUUGUCUGUGGUAGGAAGUAGCUAGGGAUUUUUUUCUAAUUCCCUAGUUACUUUUGGUUGUGUACUGGAGGGCAGGGUUUUGAUAUUAUUGCAUUUACUGUAUUCUUUUUCUACUUACAAUCAAUAUUUGAAUACAAAAAAUGGGACCAGGUUUUCUAAUUUUCUAGUUAUAUUGUCUUGGUUUUGAAAGAGCUGGUCUCUAAAUCAAUAUGUAAUGCAGGCUUUUUGUUUGUAUGUUUGUUUUAAUGAUGUUGUCAAGUGUUAAAUGAAUUUUUGUUAAGGUGAAAAUCUUCCUUUCAGGACCACAAGUGAAAUAUUUAGGUGAGGAAUUUAGAUACUUGUACUUACCCUAUUUCUACAAUCCAUUUUUUUCGCUUUGAGUCUUCACUAUGAACUAGUCCUAUGACAUCAGGAGAUGUUUUCAGACUGAUUCCAUUGAGGCUUUUGGGUUGUGAAGAUAAAACUAAGUUUGAGGCAGCGGUUCGGGAAGUUCUUUAGCGGACAAAACACGACCUGCAAUAGCAGGACCAUUUCUGUUAGAGUUGUGCUGAUGGUUCAGUUUGUGCGCACAUGUGUUGCUGUGUUUCAUUCUAUUAAGUUGUUUCCAGUUGUACAGUAAAGCUAAGUAGCUCUGUUUCUUUUGCCAUGGUGUGACUGUUGCCCACGAAUGUUAGGAAUCCUGGGGAAGUUGUGUUGUCUCGGUAUUCUGUCAGCUUGCAGAUAAGAAAUGAGUCGAUGCUGUCAUGCUUGACUUCCCAGCAAGCUAUUGGCUUCAUUUUGUUAAGCCUUGUUACUGAUUUAGUGAUGAGCUAAAAGGUCAAAAAACUCUGCAGAGGCUUCUCACCUCUGGCCACUAGAAGUCUCUGUGGAACAAAAAUAAGAUGUAACAUCAGGGGAGCUUGCCUUGCUUGCUGUUGCAAAUGUCAUUGUGUGACUUAGUUUUCUAGUGGUGCUUAAAUCUGGUUACCUUGGAGAGUAGUAACUCAUCAGGGACAUGCAGGAUACACAGGCAGUAUUUCAACCUGAUGAAACCAGGCCAAAAUACAGUGUGCCUCAGUGGCCUGCCAAAGCUGAACUGCAUGGAACCCAAGAGUUUGUGCUUGUGUGUGAACUUCUGAGGUGAUGCAUAAGGUUUACCAUUCAUGCCAGCCAGAUGGCGGGCAGUUGACCUAUUCAUGCACAUAAGAACUGCCAAGAAAAUAUUUUAACUUCAAGGCCUUGCACACAACGUGCCAAGAGUUCCUCAUGUGUGGUUCCCAGAAUAUGUGAUGUAACCCAGACCACUAAGUUGCAUUGUGCAGAAUAUUCCUCCAUCUCUAUUCAUGUGUGCAUGGCUUCCUGGUGAAACCUUUCAUUAGUUGUUUAAAAGGAUCUAUUAUCUUCUUUUAAAUAGGCAAAAAAAAUGGUGCACUACUCCUCUAGUUAUUAGAACUGCACAGUAUUUCAGCUUGACCUGUACAUGUUUGCAGGUAGUGUUAUCAUCCAGUAUUAUCACAUUGUUUGGUGGUCUUCUUUUUACCAGCUGUGUAAUCAAUAAAAAGAAUUUUUCUGUUGCCCUUUUGGUGUCUUCUGUGAGAAAGUCUCUCCUUCCCUUCAGUGUUUGUAAACAUGGUAAGAUAUUUCAGCAAAACGGGAAAGAUUUUUUUCUUCAUUAUAAAACAUCAGAAAUGAAUGAAUGAGAGUUGGAUGUUCAGACACAUAACUGAGAAAUGGUAAGUUGAUUAAUUUAAUGAAAUGGUAUAGCUGUUUAAGUGACUGUUCCCUUAAGUGCCAUGUUAAAAAUCAGCAAUAUGCGGUACAAGAAAUUUGAAUCACAAACAUAAAUGAUGUUAUCUUCAUGAAGAUUGAUGUAAAGAAAAAAUAAAUUGUUUAUUACUUUA